UUGGACCCCACAAUCCGCGUAACCGUGUCCUGACUCCACUGUGAAUGUGAACAACAAGCCUAUGCACACAAGACAGACAGACACUCAUUCAUUCCUCAACAAUUCAGAAUUUUACGAUUGAAUCCUCUUCUGCUUCUGCUUCCUGGCUCUAAUUCAUGUCGACAACAAUGGUAAGUGGUCAAUAAUCUAGGCACUGCUGUCACAUACUUUUACCGACGAUUCUGAAACUCGAGAAAAUUGGGAUUUUCUCUUGUAUGUUGUUCUUGUUGAUCCACAAAUUUAUGACUCUGUGGUGAUUCUAUUUGUUUAUCUUGGAUUUGGUGAUCUGGGUAUUGCUCAGAAUUGCUUUUUGCGAUCUGGGUAACCAGAUUUUUGUUUGGUUCUGACACUUGGGACAUUCAUGAAGUUUGCUGUAACGGAAGUUUGAAAAUGUCCGCGGCGUCGCCGUCUCCGGCGUCUUCCACCGCCGCGCCACCGUCACGGACACUGUCCCCUGCCGCCACUCUGCCACCGCAACAACUUUCUUCACCUCCGGUCACCUCAUCAGCUCCACCUCCGGCUAAUGUGUCAGCUCCUCCUCCGGCAACAACCCUACCAGCUCCACCUCCGGCAACCCCAUCAGCUCCUCCUCCGGCAACCCCAUCAGCUCCUCCUCCCGCAGUUCCAUCGCCUCCUCCGGCUUCACCUCCAUUGUCGCCUCCAGUAGCUUCCCCUCCAGCAACACCAUCAAACCCUCCUCCGGCGCAACAACCGCCACCGCCACCACCUUCUACGGGACGUCCAUCACCUCCACCGCAAUCACAGGUUCCUCCAAGAAGCUCUCCGCCGCCAGUAUUAGCUCCACCUCCGUCUAAUCCGCCAGAGAAAUCACCCCCUCCUCCGGCUUCUGUGCCACCACCUAGAGGUUCACCUCCACCGCCGCCGCCACCGUCUGCACCACCCCCAAGAAACGCAACUCCACCACAAGCACCGGCACCGCGGGUGGCUGUGCCGCCGCCCAGGUCAUCACCGCCACCAUCAUCAUCAUCCUCACCACCACCAGCAGCAUCCCCUCCUGAUCCUAGAAUUAGUCCUCCACCUGUCACACCAAGUUCUCAACCGGUUCCACCUUCAAAUUCUACACCAAGAUCACCUCCAAUUGUUCAAUUGGCGCCUCCUCCAUCGCGCUUCCUGCUUUCACCACCGCCGCCAUCGCAGAACCGGUCAGAAAACUCAAGCCCUGAGGAUGGAGACAGUGGUGGAAUUGGUACUGGUGCUGUAGUGGCUCUUGUUGUGCUGGGUGGAAUUUUGGGGUUUAUCUUGAUUGGAGUUGCUAUAUGGUGCUUCAGGAGGCAAAAGAAGAAGGAGCCUGAUAAUAAUGGUUAUGUCAUGCCAUUCACUCAACCUUCCUCAACUGGAUCAGAUUCAUCCUUUUUCAAGACACCAUCCUCAGCUCCUAUAAGAAGUGGAUCUGGCAGUGAUGUUUUGCAUUCACCAUCUGACCCUGGUGGACUUGGCAACUCAAGAUCAUGGUUUUCAUAUGAAGAACUGGUCAAGGCCACAAAUGGUUUCUCAGCUCAAAAUCUUUUGGGCGAGGGCGGAUUUGGUUCUGUAUAUAAAGGAUCCCUACCUGAUGGGAGAGAGAUAGCAGUCAAACAGCUGAAAAUUGGUGGAGGUCAGGGAGAGAAAGAAUUCAAAGCUGAGGUUGAAAUUAUUAGUCGCAUACAUCAUCGCCAUUUGGUUUCUCUGGUGGGAUUCUGCAUUCAAGAUACCAGAAAACUACUUGUCUAUGACUAUGUCUCUAACGAUACCCUUUAUUUUCAUCUACAUGGGCCGGGUCAGCCUGUGCUAGACUGGGAAAAACGUGUUAGAAUCGCCGCUGGUGCAGCUCGAGGAAUAGCUUAUCUCCAUGAAGACUGCAAUCCUCGGAUUAUUCACAGAGAUAUCAAGUCAUCAAACAUUCUUUUGGAUAACAACUAUGAAGCCAAAGUCUCAGAUUUCGGGCUAGCCAAAUUAGCUCUUGAUGCAUAUACACAUAUAACGACGCGUGUCAUGGGAACUUUUGGGUAUGUUGCACCUGAAUAUGCUUCAAGUGGAAAAUUGACUGAGAAGUCUGAUGUAUAUGCUUAUGGAGUUGUGCUUUUGGAGCUAAUUUCCGGACGUAAGGCAGUAGAUUCAUCCCAACCCUUGGGAGAUGAGAGUCUAGUUGAAUGGGCUCGACCUUUGCUGAGUCACGCAAUCGAAAGUGAAGAGUUUCAGAGUUUGGUAGAUUCAAGGCUAGGAAAUAACUACGUUGAAAGUGAAAUGUUUUGCAUGAUUGAAGUUGCUGCUGCGUGUGUGCGGCAUUCGGCUUCAAAGAGACCUCGCAUGGGACAGGUUGUUAGAGCUUUUGAUAGUUUAGCAACUUCAGAUAUAACGAACGGAAUGCGACUCGGGGAAAGCCAGGCGUUUGACUCUGCACAGCAAUCUGAAGAAAUAAGACUGUUUAGGAGGAUGGCAUUUGGCAGCCAAAAUUACAGCACAGACUUCUUCAGUCAGGCUAGUUUGAAUACGUCGUGAAGGGCCACUGUACUUAAUAUGUUUGGAUUAGCUUAUUUUUUCUCAGAAUCAAUGCUGACAUCCAAAAACUACUUGUAGAAGCUUCUCCCCAUAAUUGAUUUUGACUUAAGAAUCGUAGAAGGAUUUCCAAACGUGGAAGAUUUAAUUUGAACCAAAAGAUCCUAGUCAAGCAAAGCCAAGGGAAGCCCUGCUUGAAUUUGUUGGUUGCAGAUGUGGCUAAGGCGCAUUGCUGACUUUGGUUCUGGUAUUUUACAGCAUCAGGUUCAAACCCUCACAUUCUUGUGACCAAGUUUCUUGAUUCUUUUCAUUAGCUGUUCAUUGGCAGCAAUUUUGCUUUUGUAAUUAGAAUUUGUAAAAAGUUACUUCUUAUAGAUAAUAAAAUUUAACAUGUUAAUUGAUUUGGUAGAUAAUGGUAAAUAAAAGUGCGGCUAUUGGGAUGA